GCGCGAACGAACGAUGGGAGGGAGGUAAACAAGAUGGCGGCAGCCUUGAAGCAGCAGCUUCUGUGAGGAACGGAUGAUAGAAAACAAACGAACGGUAAGCAGAAGAGGAAUAAAGGAUCGCGUUUUCAUCCGUCGACGGGUCGUGUUAAUGAAUGCCGACCUCAGAUAUUUUGGACGUUCGUUUUCUCCAUAAUGCUGAACAGAAGUUGCAAAUCGUAGCUCCCGAGGAGACGGCGCUCGUGGUCUGGACGUCUGCGAGCUAAAACUGACCCAACAGCAGUGACGUGUAAACACAGAGAAGGUUUCGACGGGCUCACGUGUCCAGACGCUGCUGGAUGCUUUUGACUGCACAAGCCAAGAUUUUGUGCCAUACCGUAGCCGACGUGUCUGCAGAGAUGUGCUGGGUUCCCAUGAUUCCCAGCGUGGGCUAAUUCAAGCCUCCAGACCAAACACUUGUAACCCUCCAGAGGUGCUGUAGUUUCUGCCCCGUGGGUAACAGACGUGAACGUCAGCGAUGCGGCUGCUGCGGUUCUCCAGGCGUGACUUGGUUCUUGUGUUGUCCCACUAACUGUUUUUGCUCGAUCAGGACUGCGCCUAACUGUCUCUGGAAAAGCGAUUUUCGUCGAGGCCUGGAACACACUGAGAGAGCGAGAGAGAGAGAGAGAGAGAGAGAGAGGGCAGAGAAAAUGAGCUUGGGUGGUGAACUUCAGCAAUUGGAUUACCUGACGGAGAAUGAGCUCAUGGGAAUGGACACCUUCAUCCACCGCAUCGACUCCACCGAGGUCAUCUACCAGCCCCGCCGCAAGCGCGCCAAGCUGAUCGGGAAGUAUCUGAUGGGCGAUUUGCUGGGAGAAGGCUCGUACGGGAAGGUAAAGGAGAUGCUGGACUCGGAGACGUUGUGUCGCAGAGCCGUGAAGAUCCUGAAGAAGAAGAAACUGAGGAGGAUUCCCAACGGAGAGGCCAAUGUGAAGAAAGAGAUUCAGCUGCUGAGACGACUGCAGCACAAGAACAUCAUUCAGCUGGUGGAUGUGCUGUACAAUGAGGAGAAGCAGAAGAUGUAUAUGAUCAUGGAGUAUUGUGUGUGUGGGAUGCAGGAGAUGUUGGACAGCGUUCCGGAGAAAAGAUUUCCAGUAUUCCAAGCUCACGGGUACUUCUGUCAGCUGUUGGAUGGUCUUGAAUACUUGCACAGUCAGGGAAUCGUGCACAAAGACAUCAAACCAGGGAACUUGCUGCUGACCACAGACGGGGCAUUAAAGAUCUCUGACUUGGGUGUAGCAGAGGCUCUACGCCCCUUCGCAGAGGAUGACACGUGUCGGACAAGCCAAGGGUCUCCAGCGUUCCAGCCGCCCGAGAUCGCCAACGGCCUGGAAACGUUUUCAGGGUUUAAAGUAGAUAUCUGGUCUGCUGGAGUCACACUAUACAACAUAACCACGAGUCUGUACCCGUUUGAAGGCGACAACAUCUAUAAGCUGUUUGAGAACAUUGGGAAAGGUGACUACACUGUUCCUGAGGAGUGUGGACCGCUGCUGUCUGAUCUCCUGAGAGGAAUGCUGCAAUAUGAUCCUGUGAAGAGAUUCUCAAUACAACACAUCAGACAACACAACUGGGUUCGUAAGAAACACCCUCCCUCAGAACAGCCCGUCCCCAUCCCGCCCAGCGCUGAAACCCGUGACCCCUGGCGGAGCAUGACAGUUGUGCCGUACCUGGAGGAUCUCCACGGUUACGGUGAGGAGGAGGACGACGACGAGAUGUUUGACGGGGAAGAUGACAUCAUAUACACUCAGGACUUCACAGUACCAGGACAGGUACAUGAGGAUGAGGAAGAGCGUCCUCCAGAGCGCACGUGUGCUGUGGCCAAACCGCUGUGUGUGAACGGGACGGAGUCGGCCGCGCUGAAACCCAAAUCUGAGCGGCGUUCCAGCUCUUCAUCAAAUCCCUCCAGGAAGGGCUUAUCUGCAGCGAGCAAGAUCCGCAAACUUUCCACCUGCAAGCAGCAGUGACCUCAUCCGUCUGAUCUUCUGCUCCUCUGUACAGGUUUCCGUUGUUUCCCUGCAGUCGAUACUGACCGCUGUUCCCAACGCACAUUUCUGCCCUCAAUAUGAGCUCCACACAGACGGCAUCCGGACACUUGUGUUUCUCACUCCACUGCAUCUGGAACGGACCCGCUUCAUUUGAGGAUGCUGUUAAAGAGCGGACAUGUUUUCCCACAAUCCUCCUCCUCGCUCUAUCUCUCUCUGAGGUCUCUGUUGUCUUGUUCUGUGUCCGGUCUCAACCGGUUUGAUCAGCACCCAAAGACCGCGUGGAUGUUUAUUGUGUAGCGAGCCGAUGGUGCACGUGUGACCUCACAGUUUAGUUUUAGACCAUCUUUUAAUUCGCAGUACUGAACUACAGUUGUGUUCUGUUGGACAAAGACGUCCGUUCAUGGAGAGAGACUGUGGCACAAAUGAGAAGAAUAUAACACCGAUGUUUAAAAAAGCAAACGCAUUCAAACACUGCAUGCUGGGAAGAGUUUGGAGGACGCAGAUGACUGAUGCGUCCCCCGUUUGGUUUGGUUUUUGUUCCCGUUCAAUAUUUUUAAAGUAUUGUUUAUAUAAAACACAUCCCAACCGAAGCGGAGUUGAUGGUCGUUUGUUUGCUUGUUUGUGGGAGAAAAGUCUUUAGUUUCAUUGAUUUGUGUCUUUCCUCUGAUUAAAGGGCUCAGACCGUGAGCAAACACAUAAUCCCCAUAUAUUCAAGCAUUUACUCUAAACUAACCUGCAAAACCUUUCCCUUUAUUUCCCUUUUCUUCAAGACACACCAGCAAAUAACCGACAGUCUAAUUGUACGGUCAGAGAAAAUCUGUUGAAUGGAGUUUUGGUGCAAAUCUACUUGAGUAAGAUUAUAAAUGGAGCUUGUGGGAGAAAUAAAAAGGUUUGAAAGCUG